CAAUAAUUCAUUUUUAUACACAAAAUCUGGACAAUUAUGUGAUUUUUUCAUUGUUUUGUGCUUUAAUUAGUUAUCCGUAACGCAUUACAUGACGAAAGAUUCAACAUAGUCACACGCACAACAUGCUGCAGUUUUUCAAAAAGUCUGCGGUAGGACGAAGAAAGUCCAACAGCGAAGAAAACAAAUCUACAGUCGCUGAUGUCAUCGAUGAUGCUGAAGUGAAUAGGUGUUAUAGUCAACAAGAAACGGUUAGUGAUGAUGAGGCUCUGGCGGAAGCAGAACGAUUUUGUAUGCAGCAUCAGCUAGAUACGGUAGAACAGAGGUCCAGACUUUCGCGGAAUCUGCUAGACAUCUUACGAGAACAGAGCUGUAUCUGCUAUUUUGUGCAAUUUCUCGAAACCAGAGAUGCUCUGCCUUUGAUAAAAUUUUGGCUUGACGUAGAGAGUUUCAAGGCCGCAGCUGUGGAAAGCUUAAAAUGGGACACAAAGAAUGGAAUGUGUACGAGAACUAUCAGCCAUCAUCGUGCGCUAGAUCGUAGUGUUUCAUCCGAUGGAUACGAUAGCUUAUCUUAUUUAAGUGUAGACUGUGAUGCGCUAUCUACUUUUUCGGGAAAUGCAUUCGAUGACGCCGGAACUACAUCAACAGUUACCGAAGGUUCUGUAACGGAUGGAGACAGCGAUCCCAGUCUUUAUCCUGCAUCGGAAGUCAGUACACCCAUUCCGUCUACACCAUUAGAAGUAUUGAUCGAAGAAGACAAGAAACCUGAAGCAUCUUUAGCCGAUGACGAUCGCAAACGUAUGCUAGAAGUGUGUGACUUGACGUUACGUCAAUCGCUUACGGAUGAUGAAAAAACACAGAUUUUUGAAACAAACAAACUAAAAUUAGAGGAACCCAUAACGAAGUCAACGAAUGGUUACAAUUCAGUAAUUAAUUCGGACGCCGUUCGAAUCUACAGAAAGUAUCUGGUCAGCAAUUCGCCGUAUUACAUUGAAAUUCCAGCUACGGUAUUAUCUAAUAUUUCACUUGCUCUCUGUGGAGGAACAUGCAGCGAGAGCAUCUUUGAGGAUGCUCAAAAGUAUUUGUUGGAGGUGCUAGAGAAAAGUUAUUUGAACCUAUUUCUGGAAAGCGGAUACUAUUGUAAAUACACUUUCGAGACUCUUUCUAGCGAUAGUCUUAGCCUGAAGGACAUUCUGUGCAGUGAAAUGGCUCUGUUUUACUUUAUGGAGUAUCUGGAGCAGAAAGACAAACGCCACAUUCUAGAGUUCUGCGUUUCGGCCUGUCAUUUUCGGAAGAGUGCCGAUGCCAGUCAGGCACAAGCCGAUGCGCUUGUUUUGUAUGAGAAAUAUUUUUCUCUACAAGCAACGUGUCCGCUGCAUCUGAGCGACAAAGUACGCUUUCUGAUUGAAGAACAGAUCUGCUCUCAGGAUUUGACCAUAAUCAAAAGCUGCUUCGAACUGGCUUCACGAAUUAUCGAACGUUUUCUAGAAAAGUCCUAUUUUCAGGGAUUUUUAAAAUCUCAAUUAUAUACUAAUUAUCUUUCCGAAUUGUUGGGAAAGAUUAAAACCUUCCCUAUGGAAAAGUCCAUGAGCGGUAGCUUAGGCAUACUAGCAGGUUCUAAGCAGAUAUUUUCAUCAAAUCGUACAAAAGCUACAAAUCAGCGACGUGGUCAUCGGAAGACCUAUUCCGAUGUGACAAACGACAGCAGCAGAGGGUCUCGACAUUCGCCCUUUAUCUCAUCGCAAAAUACUCUGUUGGCUAUGUCGGAUGUCAGUUUCCAUCGGAAGCGUGCUACUCAAACCGGUAGUAGUGGUGGAAAUGGAGCCGCAGCGGGUGGCGACAUGAUGCAAAUUGACUCUCGCCAAUUGUACAAUCCUGAUCUUUUAUGGAGGCGAAACUCAACGUCGGGAUUAAGCUUCGGUCGUGUGGACGCCCUUGGUCGAUAUGAACGAGAUUUUGAUUUGGUCGAGCCGCCACAAGACGACGAUAAAUGGAGCAAAAAUCGCUUGAAAAAAGCAAUGCGAAAGCUGGUCAAUCUGCCAGAAGACAAAGCGCAAGAGGAACUGGCAUGGCAGGUGGCCGAAAUGAUUGUGAAGGACAUAACCAGCAUUACGAUGAGUGGAAGCAACACUGCAGCGGACGCCAAUGAUGCGUCGGCGUGAUGCGGCCAUAAAGGUGGUUUGGGCGAGAAAAGUAUUGCAAUUCGUACGUAUUAUUUUUAUUGUUUUGUUUACAGAAGUUUAAAAAACCUUCCUGCUUCAAUCUGUAUUCUAGGGCUUACAUAUAUGUAAUCGUUUAUUCAAACAUGUUAAUUUUAAUUAUUUUAUUUCUUGUUCUGAUAAUUUUUAUUUAAUUUAAAGAAUAUAUAUUCAAAUGAAAAACUUUUGAUGUACAAUUUACUGAUAUGAAUUACAAUACCAGCAUUUAGAUAUUUAUUUACAUCACUUGAUUUGCUAAAUAAUGUCUGUUAAGUACAUUGUUGAUAAACACAUUUGAAACUGCAUGGUGCUUGAACAAAUGAAUAAAAAAACAAUUCCACUAGAUCGGAUUUGGGUGAAGCAUAAAAUCACGAUAUAUUUAUCAGAACAGUUAUAAGUCACUUUUCUUGAAUGUAAAGUUAAUGUACAAUUGGUGAUAGUGGAUAUAAUUGAAUUAAACUUAGUACCCAUUUUGACAAUUUUGGAGCAACACCCAUGAUGCUUUCUCAAAUAAGAGCAGCCAAGAUCGAACACAUGACGUGACAUUGGACAAGAAACAAUAAUGCAUCAAAAAGAAUA